CAUUCCAAAGAUCAAAGGUGAACCUCGUCCCCAGGAAAUCUCGUUCCCAGGCUGGAUGGAAAACUCCAUGAUGCAUGUUGUGUAAUAUUUCCAUCUGACGAUGAUUGCGACCGUCUCUUUACACUUCCAGCUUCUCCAGAGACUUACAAGAGGAAGAAACCUUUGUACAAAAUCGUCUCGGGUCGCUCUUUAACACGUAUGAGUUGUUAACGAAGCAGAAUAUGUACAUGCGCGGCUGUAUACGGACCGGAGGGGUGGUGGGAGGCGGCAGACGACAGAUGCUACAGCAGAGGUUACUGAAGGUUAUAUCGGGCACAGACGGUGGUCAGGACUUUCUUAAAGAUGCAGUAAGCAGCGUAAGACAUUGCGGGCACCACGUAGUGGGCGAACUCCAGGAGAGUUCGGCGUCGCAAGAGGCUGUCCACGACCCGAAAGCUUGGAUCCAGCCGACCGGACAUGACACGGGGAUUGUGGUGUAUAACAGCCUCUGCCGGAGGAAAGUGCCACUCAUUCUGCCAAACAAGAGUUUUGCGUCUUGGUACCAGUGUGGGCCCACAGUAUAUGACCACGCUCAUCUAGGACAUGCUUGCUGCUACGUGAAGUUUGACAUCAUCCGGAGAAUCAUGGAGGAUUUCUUUAACAUUGACCUUGUGAUGGUGAUGGGGAUAACAGACAUCGACGAUAAAAUCAUCAGCAAGGCAAGAGAGUUAAACAUGGAGUUCACCCAUGUUGCACAGACCUUUGCAAAUGAGUUCAAGAGGGACAUGGGAAGACUCAGGGUUCAGCCCCCGACAGUCUACACCAGAGUCACCAACUACGUGCCUCAGAUUAUCACAUUUGUACAGAAGAUUGUGGACAGGGGUUACGCCUACCCUACAGAGAGUGGGAGUGUGUACUUUGAUGUGAAGAAGUAUGGAGACAGAUACGGCAAACUGGUGUACCAGAGUGAUGCGGACCUGGCACAGUUUAGGGAAGUUGACAAGGAGAAGCGAGGAUUCCGAGACUUUGCCCUGUGGAAGUCUGCGAAGCCGGGGGAGCCGUGGUGGACCUCUCCAUGGGGGAAAGGAAGGGGCCGGCCAGGCUGGCACAUAGAGUGUUCCACUAUGGCAAGUGCCAUAUUUGGGGAGCAGUUGGACAUCCACACGGGAGGGAUAGACCUGAUCUUCCCCCAUCAUGAGAAUGAGAUUGCCCAGUGUGAGGCCCACCACUGUGUCCCUCAGUGGGCAAACUACUUCCUCCAUGCAGGACACUUGCACAAGACCAUGGACAAAGACAAGAUGUCAAAAUCUCUCAAAAAUACCAUCACUAUCAGGGAGUUUCUGGAGAAGUACACAGCCAACCAGUUCAGAAUAUUCUGUAUGAUGACUAAGUAUAGAAAUGUUGUGGAGUACUGUGACACCAUGAUGAAUGAAGCAGUGUCCGUACAGCGCACUCUGACGUCUUUCCUCAACAACGCAGACGCCUACAUCAGGGGCCAGCUGGAGUGUCAGGCCUUGGACGAGGCACUGCUCAUGGAGAAGUUAGGUGAAACCAAAGACAAGUUUAGGAGAGCCAUUUCAGAUGACUUUGACACCAGGGCUGCUCUGGAGGCCAUCUUACAGCUGGUCCAUGCCACCAACAAGCAACUGUGCAAAGGAGGCCAGGUUGACAACCCUGUGAGGAGCCCGGGUGUGAUUGCUGCCAUUCAGGCUUAUGUGGACCGAGUACUGCAACUGUUGGGGGUGGAGUACCCAGCUAGAAAGAAAAUGCGGAUGGAGCACAGUAAUGUUCAGAUGACAGAUGUGCUGGACUCUCUGGUGAAGUUCCGCAGUACAGUCCGACACUACGCACUGCUGAAGGGGCCGGACGCACAGCCAAAAUAUGGACAACCACAGAGCACUGCUGCCACGGCUGCACCAGCACCAGGAGAGGGGGAGGCAGGGCAGGUCAAACUGCAGAGGAAAGAGAGAGAACCUCUGAUGAAGGCUUGUGAUGAGAUACGCACUGAGCUGGUUUGGGCCGGGAUACAGAUCCAGGACAGGGGUAGAAAGUCCUCCUGGCAAGUCCUGGAGGAUCAGUCCAUAGAGGGUAAACAGCACAGCCUGUCAGAUCCAAAUUAUAGUCAAGAGCAGCUGAAGAAAUAUUUUGUAGGUAGGUAAACUGACUGAUAAUGU